AUGUUUCAAUACACCACCUGGCUCCAAAAUAUAAGCGACACAGAAAUCAUCAGCAGAAUUUCUAUUCCUGGAACGCACAAUUCUGCAGCCCACCAUACUGCGCUACCUUCAGUCCAAUGUCAAGAUGCUUCUAUAACAGAACAACUUCAAAAUGGAGUUCGGUUUUUGGAUAUUCGAGUGUCUAAACCACUAAUCGAUAAUAAAAAGGCGGUGAACAAUGAUCUAAUAGUCGUUCAUGGCAAGUUUCCGUUGAAGCUGAUUGGAAAUGUGAAGUUAGAUACGGUUCUAAAGGACGUGUAUGAGUUCCUAGAAAGAAAUAGCUCUGAAUUUGUGAUCAUUUCCCUUAAGCAAGAGGGUUCCGCAAAAUGGAAUCAUGAACACGACGAAUUCGGGGAUGCUAUUUGGAAUCACUACAUUAACAAUAAUAGGGACAAGUGGUACUUGAAUGAUGGAAUUCCAAACCUGAGAGAUGUCCGAGGAAAAGCAAUUCUGUUUCGUCGCUUUGGAAUUGUAGAUGAGAGCAGAAAGAAGGAUUUUGGAAUUGAGGCUUCUUGGUGGAAGUACAACUGUGAAAAUGAUGACAGAGGAACUAUUAAUGUUCAGGAUUGGUGUGAACUAUCUUCUGGACAAGAUAUUGAAAGAAAAGCCAACUUUAUCAAAAAUCACGUUUACCGGGCUAAAGAAUAUAACUCAAAUAAGAGUGAGCCUAAGUUAUUUGUCAACUUUUGCUCGGCAUCUAAUUUCUUCGACCCUAAUUGUUGGCCGGCGAAGAUUGCUGAAGCGUUAACUAAAGCCAACAUCGAAGAGUCUUUUGGAAAGGGGUCUGGAAUCGUUAUUUUGGAUUAUGCUGAACAAGACAAUUGGUAUCUGGUUCGAAAUUUGGUCGAUAGAAACUUCCAAUAG